GCGGAUUAUGGUACAACAUGUACGCCAUCCUGUUGGAUAUGACUCUCGUUCUCGGACAUCCUGACGUUGCAAUGACUGCAGAGUAUGUUGCUCAAUUGCUGAAGCCAGGAUUGGUGACAAUGAUCCUCUCACCACCGUCGAUACUCAUUGAGCUUGCAGAAGAUCCGUCUGCUCAGCAAGAUCUUGCGAAACUCAAGCAUGUUGCGUAUGCUGGCGGGCCUUUACGCCCAACAACUGGAGAUAAGCUUGCAAAAAUGGUGCCACAUCUGUCAAGUUACAUCGGCGCAACUGAAUGUGGCUGGUUCCACACUCUUUCAGGGGAUAACAAAGUAUGGGACUCUUUGAAGUUUUAUUCUGAUAUAGGAUAUAGAUUCGAAGAGAUAUCAGAUGGCAUCUUUGAGCUGGUCAUCGUGAAAGAUGAUCGAACCAACAAAUAUCAGCCAAUAUUCCAGGUAUUUCCAGACAUCAGCGAAUACCGAACCAAAGACCUAUACUCAGCGAAUAGCGAGGCUCCUGGCUGGUGGAAAUACCGCGGUCGAGCUGAUGACCUGAUCGUCCUUUCCAACGGCGAGAAAAUAAAUCCCAUCCCGUUAGAGAAUGUAAUCGGUUCACACCCGUCCAUCAAAGCAGCUCUGGUCAUCGGAGAGUAUCGAUUCAUUCCAUCCUUGCUGGUUGAGAUCGAUGCGGAAAACUACCCAGAGACUGAAAGCGAACGCCACCAGCUUCUCGACAACAUCUGGCCAGUUGUCCAGGAAGCGAAUAAGAUCGCCCCGGGCUUCUCCAAGAUUCCGAAGUCUUUGAUCUUGUUUGCGAAGCCAGAAAAGCCUUUCUUGAGAGCGGGAAAGGGGACAGUUCAACGCCAACUCACGGUUCGAGAAUAUGCCGAGGAGCUGGAGAGAUUGUACGAGUCACAGGAGGCAAGUCUGCUCUCAGAAGGUUUGACCCUGACGAAAUCGACAACGCUCGCGAGCAUCGCGACGUUUGUCAGGCAGAUAUAUCUCCAUGCGUUAGAGGCAGAUGAUCUGAGCGACACGGAGAACGUUUUCCAGCGAGGUCUAGACUCGCUGUUGGUGACGAUCAUUGUGCAAAGACUUCGAGCUGCUUUGACAGUGUGCGAGAUACCACUUAAAAUCGAAGACAUAAAUCCUCGCUUCGUCUAUUCGGCGUGGUCCGUGAAAAGGAUGACUGAAGCAAUUAUGGGUCUUGCGAACAUUCAGAACGAGGAUGUCAAGGCGAACGGAUCCGCCGAAAAUCUUCGUGGCACCCACAUCAGAUUCAUGAUUGAUAAAUAUACCAAGGACAUGCCAUCAGCAUCACCACUCAAGCAUUCGAACGGAGUUUCAACAUCUUCAGCACCUUGGAGCCUCAUCUUGACGGGCACAACAGGGUCUUUGGGAUCGUACUUGCUCGCGCAAUUGCAAACCUUGCCGCCUUCCCGGUUAAGCAAAAUUUAUUGCUUGAAUCGAUCUGCAGAUGCUCGAGAGAGGCAAGAGCAAAGCAAUCGAGUUCGUGGGCUGAACACAGAUUUUGACGAACGAGUCGACUUUCUCCAAGCCGACUUCUCAGAGCCGGACCUCGGUUUGGGAGAGCAGAAAUACGCUGAAUUAUUGAGAAAUGGCACAGUCAUAAUCCAUAGUGCUUGGAAAGUCGACUUCAACUUAACACUGGAGUCCUUUGAGCCCCAGAUCCAGGGUGUCCGCAACCUGCUUGAUUUCAGCACAAAGUCAACAAAGAGAACACCAGUAAUAUUCAUCUCGAGCAUAUCUACAGCUCUCAACUGGCUUGAUAUAAAUCCUUCUGAAACGGUUCCUGAGGAAAUCAUCCAAGAUUUCGCAGCCCCCGAGAAAAUCGGCUAUGGAGAAUCCAAAUUCGUCAGUGAGCACGUUCUGGACAACUAUUCCAACACCACAGGCUUGACGACGGCGGUUCUCCGAACGGGUCAGAUUGCUGGUCCGUUGACAGAGAAGGGUUUCUGGAAUAAGCAAGAAUGGUUUCCAAGUCUAGUUGCCAGCUCCAAAUAUUUGGGAGCUCUACCAGCGACGUUAGGAAGCAUGGAAGUGCUUGAUUGGAUACCUGUAGAUCUGCUCUCGUCAAUCAUGAUUGAGUUGACGGAGCAAAUUCUCGAGCAGGACGAUCGAGGCACAAGUCAGACUUCGGUCUACAAUCUGGUCAACCCAAAAGCCAUAACGUGGUCAGAAGUAAGGACAGAUGUGCAAAAUUUUGUUGGGGUAGAGAAAACAGUGACCUUGAAGGAAUGGGUUAGUAUGCUGGAGCAGAGUAGCCGCGAAAAGAAAGGUGCUGUCGUCGAAACGAACCCUGCCGUGAAGGUUCUUGACUUCUUUCAACUGAUGAGCGAGAAGGAUACCGAACGCGUUUCCAGAUACGAAUUUGGGAGGCUUGUUCAGGAUAGUCCUACAGCUUCUGAGAUGACUGCUGUAUCGGCUGCAUGGCUGAAACUGUGGGUUCGGCAAUGGAAGUUGUAGAUCGUUGUUUUGAAUGAGGGGCAGAGAGAUGCAGUAGGAAACGGCCGAGUCUUCAUCAUGCUGUUCCGCUAAGUAU